CUUUCAAAUUCUGGAUUGUCUGAACAGCGCUCUUCAAUAGGACACACAAAGCAGCUCUCAGCUGGCGUCCCCUUCCGUUUCUGGCCAUCUUUGGCCAUGGCUCAUUGCGCUGCAAACGCGCUCCUGCAGCCAGCAUUCUCCACGUGCUGUGCCUGCUCUUUGAACACACAGAGAAAUACGACCAUAGUUCAGAAAGUUCCUCUCGGGGGCAUCGUUCCUUUCCGGGCUGGUCAUUUGGGGAGGCCCUUGAGUGCGCUGGUGGGUAAAGGAGCGGAAAACAGGGUCUCUGUGGGAAGGUUGCGGGUUAGGGCGGCAGGGGUCGAGGUCGAGACCGUAGAAGCAGCGGAAAAUGCCGGGGUUGUUGAUGCACCCGGGGGGGCGGCGCCGCCAGCAAACAAGUACAAGAAUGCAUCUAGCAACCGGUAUGCGAAUGGGAAAGCUCAGAACGGGUCAAAUGCAGCCAGCGACAGCGAAAGUGCAAGCGAGACCAUUACCGAGGCGGUAGAAGAGGUGUUGCCGCCAGCGAACGGUGCCGCGGCACCCCCCCUGGAGCGGAAGAAGAAGACGCUUUCGGGGCAGAGAAAUGCUGAGGGGGCCGCGACCGCUCCUCCCCGGGGGGGUUCUCAAGCAGCUGCUCCCGCUCCUAGGGGGGCCUGGAAGAGGGGCGACCCGCCGUCGAGACCAGCGGCAGCGAGACCGCAACCGCCCCGGGGGGGCCAGGCAGAAGCCAAGGAAGUCUGGACCCCUAAAACAGGCAAGCGCGUGACUGGGUUCACUCCGGCGUCCCCUUCCUCGUCCGACCCUGGGUUCGAUCGUCCGUCUCCCGCUGCCGAGCGGCCUGCCGUCAGCCGGCAAGAUCUGGACGACGAAUAUCAGAGCCCCCCCCGGAGGUCGCUACGAGCGGAGACCCCCGCUCGGUCGCCGGCGGCUAGCGCAGAAGUGCAGGUUUGGCGCCCCGGGCAGGGGCAGUUGGGCGGCCCCGAAGGAGGGGGGCAACCGCCACCCCCCCGGCGGGGGGGUGGAGGGGGUGGAGCAUUCCCCGACCAGGUUCUCGACGACCCUAGCCUUCUGUCACGGCGCCCGCCCCCGCGCUUGGUUGGUCCUCCCGGGGGGGAUAAGGCCCCCGCGAAGAAGCGCGCGGUGCGCAAGACGGGGGGCGCGGGGCGGCGCGGGGAGGAGGACGAGAACCAGCGGUUUAUCGCGGACAACCAGAUUGUGAUUCCAGGGAUGCCGCAGAAGCGGAUCGUGAAGCGGCGGCGGCGGAAGGGGCGCGCUUACAAGGCGCGGAUGCGCGCGCUGCGGGACAAGACGGGGCAGCCGGUUCGGGCGGAGAUAAUCGAAGUUGGAGAGGAGGGGCUCCCGGUGUCGGAGCUUGCAGAGUUGCUGGUCGUGAAUGAAGCGGAGGUUGUCAGUGCACUGUUUAUGAAAGGCAUCAUGGCGACCGUGAAUGAAACGCUGAGUCGGGACGCUGUGAAGCUGGUUUGUGAGCAGUUUGAAGUUGAGGUGCUUGAAGUGGAAGACGAGCAAAUCGAAACGAUGGCCAAGAAAACGAACGAGUUCAUUUCCGAGUCAGACCUAGAGAAGCUGAAACCACGACCCCCCGUUGUCACAAUCAUGGGCCACGUCGAUCACGGCAAGACGUCGUUGCUAGAUUACAUCCGGAAGGAGAAGGUGGCGGCCGGCGAGGCCGGGGGGAUCACUCAGGCGAUCGGCGCGUACCGCGUCCCCGUCGAGGUGGAGGGCGAGACGCACACGUGCGUGUUCCUCGACACCCCGGGCCACGAGGCCUUCUCCGCGAUGCGCGCCCGGGGCGCGAAAGUGACGGACAUCGCCGUUAUUGUGGUUGCGGCGGACGACGGCGUUCGGCCGCAGACGCUGGAGGCGAUCUCGCACGCCAAGGCGGCGGAGGUGCCGAUCGUGGUGGCGAUCAACAAGGUGGACAAGGACGGGGCGAGCGUGGAGAAGGUCAUGCAGGAGCUGUCGGCGCAGGCGCAGCUGUACCCCGAGGAGUGGGGUGGUGACGUGGCGAUGGUGCCCGUUAGUGCGAAGAAGGGGACCGGGGUCGACGAGCUGCUGGAGGCCAUCAUGCUAGUUGCGGAGGUGUCCGAGUUCUCAGCGAACCCGGACCGUGAGGCGAAGGGCACGGUCAUCGAGGCGACGCUGGAUCGCAAGCGCGGCCCGCUCGCGACGGUGGUGGUGCAGUGCGGGACGCUGCGGCGGGGUGACGUCAUGCUGUGCGGGGACGCGUUCGGGAAGGUGCGGGCGUUGCUGGACCACACGGGGAAGAGCCUGAAGGAGGCGGGGCCGUCAGAGGCGGUGCAGGUGAUGGGCCUGAGCGGCGUCCCUGCGGCGGGUGAAGUGUUCGAGAUCCGGCCCGACCUAGACGAUGCUCGCUCAAAAGCGGAGGAGCGCGGGUAUACACAGCGGACGCAGCGGUUGGCUAACCUGGCCGGCGAGGGCAAAAUCACUUUACAAUCGCUGGCGGCAGCAGCCGCGGUCGCGGAGGAGGGGCUCGAGUUUGGGCGGCUGAACCUGAUCCUGAAGGUCGACGUGGCGGGCUCGGCGGAGGCGAUCCGGAGUGCUUUGGAGGCGUUGCCGCAGGACACGAUCGGAUUGCGCUUCCUGCUGUCGAUGACCGGUGACGUGAGCAUAAGCGACAUCGACCUAGCGCAGGCGAGCGAGGCGGUCGUGCUCGGCUUCAACGUGCAGGUGCCGCCGGCCGCCGAAGCGCACUCUAAGGAGACGGGCAUUGAGGUGAAGCAGUACAACGUCAUCUACGAUCUGGUAGACGAUAUUCGGAAGGCGAUGGAGGGGAUGAUGGAACCGGAGGAGGAGCGCAUUCCCAUUGGGACUGCCGAAGUGAAGGCCGUGUUCCCCGCCGGGAGUGGUAAGGCGGCCGGAUGCAUCGUGACGGAGGGAAAGCUAGUUAAGGGUUGCACGAUUGCGGUGAUCCGGAAGAAGAAGGAGGUCUACUUCGGAAAGCUGGACAGUUUGCGGCGGGUCAAGGAGUUGGCAAAACAGGUCGAGCAAGGCAACGAGUGCGGGGCGAACGUCUCCGGGUUUAAUGAGUGGGCGGUAGGGGACACGAUACAAGCAUUCAACGUCGUCAAGAAACAACGGACGCUAGAGUCGGCCUCUGCCGUUGCCACGAAGGCGAUGGCGAUGCCCGCCCCAGUGGCGGCGGGCGCUGCUGAGUCUAAGUGAAGCCACGUCGCUUGUACAACAUUCUUCCGUUAAAGGUAGUUGGGCUAGGUAGGCAUUUUUCAAAGUGGGAUGUACUCAAGACGCGUUUGCAAAACGGCCACGUGGUUGGAUGGCUGGAAUCUGGACAAAGCUUGGCGCUUUGAGAUGAAUGAUACCCGGCCACCAUGUUCCCCGUGGACUGCUUUCUUGACCUAUGAGCUCGCUUGUGGUUACUCACUUGUCGACGAAGCCAACGUUGGCACGCUUAUAAGAUGAUUCGCUCUGGACCGCUUGAUUCAACAUUGUAAGCGGAG